AUGCCUACCCACCAACUAGCAAUAGACCACAAAGUUAAACUAAAUGACGGCUAUUCAAUUCCAGCAAUUGGACUUGGAUCAGCAACACCAAAAGAUGACCAUUCACGUCUGGAGGAAGCUGUGAAGUCAGCAAUUAGAGCAGGUAUUCGUCAUAUCGAUACAGCGUGGUACUAUGGGAGUGAGCCAGCUAUCGGUAAAGCUUUAAAAGAAUUGUUUGAUAAUGGUGAAGUUAAAAGAGAAGACUUAUUCAUAACCACCAAGGUCUGGCCAGCUUUAUGGGAUAGGGCAGAAAAAUCUCUUAACGAAUCAUUGAAGUCGCUUGGUGUUGAUUAUGUUGAUUUGUUAUUACAACAUUGGCCUGUCUGUUAUGACACGGAUGAAAAUGGUGAACCUAACAAUCCAUAUGAUGAGAAUGGUGUCUUACACUUUGCUAAGAACGGGGACUAUGUUGAAACAUUCAAGCAAAUUGUCAAGUUGAGAGAUACAACUGAUAAAGUGAGAAGUGUUGGUGUCUCAAAUUAUACUGAAAAAUUAUUGCAAAGGGCUAUUGAUGAGACUGGUGUUGCCCCGGUUUUGAAUCAAAUUGAGCUCCAUCCUAGAAUCCCACAGAAGAAGCUGGUCAAAUUUUUUGAAUCAAAAGGUGUAAAAAUAGAGGCUUAUUCUCCAUUUGGUGCUCAAGGUGCUCCAUUGCUUGAAGAACCAAAGGUCAAAGCAUUAGCUGAAAAGUAUACAGUAAGCCCAAACGUGAUUUUGACAUCAUAUCAUAUUCUCAGUGGUAGAAUAGUUGUUGCCAGAUCUUCAAACAAGGAUAGAGUCAAAGAUUUUAUCAAUUUGGCUGAGUUGACUAAAGAAGAGAUUGAAGAACUUGAUCAAAUCGGUAUUGAAAACCCACAGAGAUUUAUCAAUGAAGGCUGGGGUAUUGGUUUAGGAUUUGAGCAUUGGAAAACCACCCCUUCGUGGGAGGAAAAGAAAUAA